UUUUCCUAAUCUAUCAGGUAUUCAAGCAAGUCAUUUGAUGUUAUUUUUGUAAAUUUUAUUCUAUAAAUGCACGUAGUCUAAUGUAUAGCUGUAAUUGGUCAAUUAAAUAGCAGUACCUCUGUGACUGAACAACACGCGAACAAAAUCCUCUAUAUACGUAUCCGUGAUGUUCCACUUCAGUAAUCAUUUCCCAAUGAUGCAAGUUGUGUUGUUAGUGCUAGUGGCAGGAUAUGUAUCUGGUGCGAAUAUUUUAAUUCUGCAAGAUAUACCGUCUCCUAGUCAUUCAAUUUGGACUGCAGAGCUAGCUAGGGGACUGGUGAAGAGAGGACAUAAUGUUACGAGAGUGGCACCAGGAAACUUUAGGGAACACAAUAGGGGAAAGGAUUAUCAUGCUAUCUAUUUUGAAGGUGUAGGCGGAGGUGAAGCAGUAAUAACAGAUUUAAUUCAGGCUUCAACGUACAAAACAAUGCUACUGUUCUACGAGUAUGAUAUAGAAGCAUGUAAAGCAAUUUAUCAGUCAAAAGGACUGGAAAAAUUGCUAGAAUACCCCAGCGAUUCCUUUGAUGCAGUAGUAAUAGACAUAACUUUGGGUGGUUGUCUUCUGCCAUUAAUAAAAAAUUCAACUAUCCACCUACAAUUGGUGUAACUCCCUUUCUGUUUCCGUACUACUUAGCACUGGAUUUCGGAAGCACGAUUGGACACUCGUACAUUCCAGGAUUCCUAGUACCAUUUAGCGAUAAUAUGAACUUCUUUGAAAGGCUGACCAACUAUUUCUGGAUAAACCUGGAUUUGCUUUUUAGGAAGUGCUACCUCAAAGCUGAAGUGCAAAAGCUAGCUGCAGGUAGAUUUGGGGACAGCGUGGGUGAUUUGGAGGACAUCAGAAAGCACGUGUCUUUACUGCUGAGCAAUGUAGACAUGACCCUUCAUUACCCUCAAGAGUUAGCUCCCAAUGUUAUACCGGUCGGUGGCUUACAUGUCCAUAGAGCUGGUCAACUGCCUCAGGAUCUGCAGUCAUUGCUGGACAAUGCAAAGAAAGGCGUAAUUCUAUUUUCACUGGGCACAAACGUAAGAUCAGAUCGCCUGAAUCCUGAAAUCAGGGACGCUAUAAUAAAGGCUCUGAGUAGAUUGGAACAAAUUGUUAUUUGGAAAUUUGAAACGAACUUGACCGAGGUUCCAUCGAACGUGAUUAUAAGACAAUGGGUUCCACAAACAGAAAUAUUAGCACACCGAAACACGAGGCUCUUUAUAAGUCACGGAGGAGGUCUAAGUACGAUGGAAGCAGCAUACUAUGGAGUUCCUGUACUAGGUAUACCAUUCUUUGUCGACCAGUUCAUAAAUUUAAUAAUGAUGGAAAAUAAAGGAAUAGCUAGGCAGAUCAGUUAUCCCACAAUCUCUGAGGAUAUCGUAUACACCAAUAUUAGGGAGAUGUUGGACAAUCCAAAGUAAGUUUUAAUCAAUGAGUAAAUGCUGUAAAUGAUGUAGCGAUACCGAAAACACCGUGACAGUUUAAGUGUUGUAAAUGUUCACCUUCCAGAUCAUGCAAUUUUAAUCUAAAAUAGGUCCAGUGUACCUUAUGCAUUAUAAUAGAGAUGUAAAAUAAACUAUGCUUUUAGGUACGCAG